AUGGCACGAGGAACAGCAAACGGCAAAACUUUCAAGAUCAAAAAUAAAAUACGGCGCGAGGAGGUUGUUGGCAAGUACCGCGACAUGGUCAACAAGGAGCGCCACAAGAAGCGUGCUGCGCGGGCUCGCGAAGAGGCCCAAAACCCUGAACUCAAAAAGGAGCGCUUGGAGCAAAACGUCCCGUCAACAAUCGAGAACAUGCGCGAGUACGAUGAAAGUGUGGGAGCUGAGGUUGAGGGUGAAGACGAGUUUGCAGAGUACUUUGAUGAAGGUGUGAAACCUAAGGUUUUAAUUACUACAAAUGUGGGUGCACGCAAACAAGCAGACAAGUUUGCCGAAAUGCUACAAGAAAUUAUCCCAGACUCGACCUUUAUUGCACGCAAGCCGCAGUUUACAAUUAAGCACAUGGCAGAAUUUUCAACAAACAGAGAUUUUACAGAUCUCAUCAUUCUUAACGAGGACAAGAAGAAAAUCAACGGCAUCACCUUUAUCCAUCUCCCAGCAGGUCCCACGUUUUAUUUUAGUGUAUCAUCUGUUGUGUACCCAGAAAAAAUCCCUGGCCACGGCAAGCCCACUUCACACGUUCCAGAGCUUGUUCUCAACAACUUCACAACAAGACUCGGUAAGACUGUUGGUCGGUUAUUCCAAGCACUGUUCCCACAACAACCUGACUUUAGAGGUAGACAAGUCGUCACUUUGCAUAACCAGCGUGACUUUAUCUUUUUCCGAAGGCAUAGAUACAUUUUCAGAAACGAAGAAAAGGUUGGGCUUCAAGAAUUGGGUCCUCAAUUUACUCUCAGAUUAAAGCGAAUGCAAAGAGGUAUUCGUGAAGAAGUUGAAUGGGAGCACAGACCAGAGAUGGACAAGGAAAAGAAAAAGUUUUAUCUAUAG